UUACUCGAUAGAUUAAGACGACCUUUACUCGGUCCACCUGUAAGAUGUUUGUUUAUUAUUGCCUGUUGGUAGUCGGUUUCUGUGCGGUGGUAAUGGGCGGGCCCAUGGAGCUUAGGAAGAACGAAGAAGAGGACGACGAAAUCUCUCCAUAUCCCAAUAGGAUAGUAAGGAACAAGACCCUGGAAGAAAUGGAUGAAGAAAACGACCAUAAAUUUUGGAGGAACAAUGCCGCGAAAGCCGUCAAAGAAAGAUUGGACAGAAGAAUUAAUCAAAACAGGGCUAAAAAUGUGAUAUUAUUCCUUGGUGAUGGGAUGUCGAUUCCUACGAUAGCCGCAGCCAGGGUAUAUUUAGGUGGAGAAGAAGAACAACUCACUUUCGAGAAAUUCCCCUAUACCGGUUUUUCAAAGACAUACUGCGUGGACCACCAAACAGCCGAUUCGGCAUGCUCCGCCACUGCGUACCUUGGAGGGGUGAAAGCUAAUCUUGGAACAAUCGGUGUAUCGGCAGCAGUGGCAAAGAAGAACUGCACGGCUAUGAACGAACCCGACAACCGCGUGGAUUCCAUAGCCAGACUAUUCCAACUCAAAGGAAAGCGUACUGGGUUGGUGACCACCACGAGAGUGACCCACGCUUCCCCAGCAGGAGUCUACGCGCACACAGCUGACAGACAUUGGGAAUCUGACACCAACGUCAUCAAGGCGGGAUGGAGUCCAUCGGAGUGCCACGACAUAGCCAGCCAGCUCAUCUUCGGGGAAACAGGUAAAGAACUGAACGUUAUCAUGGGGGGUGGGAGGAAGAAGUUCCUGCCGGUGGAAGUAAACGAUGAAGAUGGAUAUCCAGGUGAUAGGUCGGACCAUGUGAACCUCAUCGAGGAGUGGAAGAGGCAAAAGGAAGCCAUGGGGGUGAGGUACGAGUAUGUGUGGAACAGAGAGCAGCUGUUGAACGUCGCAGAUGACACAGACUACCUUCUAGGCCUCUUCGAAAGCGGUCACAUGAAGUACAACAUAGACCGAAACGCCGAUACCCAACCGUCCCUGGAAGAGAUGACGGAAUCGGCGAUCAAGAUCCUCCAGCAAGGCGACGAAGGCUUCUUCCUCUUCAUCGAGGGAGGCAGGAUCGACACGGCCCACCACGACAGCUCGGCGCACAAGGCUCUGGACGAAACCGCCGAGUUUUCGAAAGCGAUCCAGAAGGCCGUGGAGAUCACCAACGAGGAGGACACCUUGAUUGUUGUGACCUCCGACCACGCUCACACCAUGAGUUACGCGGGAUACGCACAGAGGGGAAGUGACGUGUUCGGAUUCGCUGGAAGGGCAAGUGAUUCCAACCCUUAUACCAUCCUGAAUUACGCCAAUGGGCCUGGGUAUAAGUCCAUGGCGGAUGGAGGAAGAUAUGUUCCGUCGGAAGAAGAAAUGAACGAGGUAGGAUUCAAGUGGCCCUCCACAUCACCCCUCAAAUCAGAGACCCACGGUGCCGAUGACGUGGGAGUCUUCGCCAAGGGUCCCUGGGCUCAUCUCUUCACGGGGGUCAUGGAAGAAAACGUUAUACCGCACUUAAUAGCGUUUGCGUCUUGUGUCAGUAACGAAGCCGGAUGCGAGAGUUAUCAGAAGGAAGCGUAAAGAGGCAGAUUUCAAGGCGAGGAGAAUACGCAGCGAACCCUUAAGCCGACCGUACACGUUCAGUUCUUACUGGAUUGUAAAUAACCCGGAAAAAAUAUUUCUGCUUUAGAAAAUACGUAUCUCCUAUAAGAAAAGGGAUUUUUGAAAUAGCGUUCGCUAUUAUAAAAGUAAAUUUUAAAAAAUCGUUCGCAGUCAGUGAUUACAGAUUUUAAAACAUUAAGUAAGAGCUGUAGACAACAAAAGGCGUCCUUUAUAAAACAGGGUUUUAUUAGUUUAUUACUUUCUUUAAAUCUCUUUGUUAAAACAAUUAUUUUUAGGUAGGCCACAAGCGUAUGAUUAUUGCUAAGAUCGUAGGAUAAAUGUUUCAAUAACGUGUGUGGCCACCUUUAUCUUCUUUGCGUCGACACGAUAUACGAUUUUUUUUUUAUGAAGAGCUCUCAGGUAUUUUUAUAUAUCACCACGUAAUUUUAAAAAAUUCAUGAAGUGCUUUUUGCAGAAACAUCAAACGACGAGCAGUAAGAUGCUUCGAAACGAGAUUAUAUUUUUUUUAUACAUAGACGGUUAUGAUCCGACAAAUGUCUUGCUAUUUUUUUUUCUCUCGAAUACUUCGAUUAAUAAUUUAUUUAUUGAUAUCACUGUAAAAUAGACAGCAGUUGUUUUCGAAGACCGGUGAUGCUUAUUGUUUUUCUUUUGUCCGUGAAAUUGUUCCGGUUGAUUUCCGUGUGAAACAACGCUAAAAGUAAUAGGAACACCGCGGUGGUUCCCCAAAAGAGUUAUAUGAAUAAGACUUCACGCACUGCGUUUUUUUCCAAUCGAAUCCUGUUUACAUGUGCGUAACAGUGCGUGUAUCCUAUUCACGAUAACUAUAAAUGUGCCAGUUGAUAAAAUUUCCGUUUAAAAUAAUUCAUUUACCGAAGUCUUUCUUCCUUGAUUGUAUUUGUCCAAAGUACAUUUCCGAUAAUUCAUGUUGUAAAUAUACUUCAUCCUCAUCGCGGUAUUUGGCUCAGAAAGUCAAUUAGCUGUGUGGGGAAGGGACGAUGUAUUAUUAUCCUGUAAGACGCGGUGACAAGAAAAACCAAAAAGUAGUGCUUAGAAAUAUGAUUAAUAUUUGAAAUACCAGUUACUUUGAUUCUAGUUUAAUGAAACAUGUGAUAUGCAAUCAGUUGUAGUGAGAAUAGUUAAUAUUAAAUGUUUUUAUUAGUUCUG